AUGAAAGAAGGAAAAGUGCAUCAAACUUGUGCAUGUCACAGUAGAAGCUCUGUCCUCACCAGCUUAGUGAUCACGAAUGAUUCUGUCUCUAAUUCCCUGUCUGUAAAAGGUUGUUUUGAACUCCAGGAAAGGUGCCUCCAGAACCCCUUGGAGAACUUGGAAUUGACUUGUGGCUACCUAUUGGAAGAGGACGUGAAGUGUCUCUCCCAGUACCCAAGCCUCGGUGACCUGAAGCAUCUGAAUCUCAGUUACGUGCCGCUGUUGCGCCUCAGUCUUGAGCCCCUCGGAGCUCUGCUAGAGAAAGUUGCUGCCACUCUCGAGACCCUCAUCUUGGAGGGCUGUCAGAUCCACUACUCCCAACUCAGUGCCAUCCUGCCCGGCCUGAGCCGCUGCUCCCAGCUCACCACCUUCUACUUGGGUCGAAAUUUCAUGUCUGUGGAUGCCCUGAAGGACCUGCUGCGCCACACCAGCGGGCUGAGCAAGUUAAGCCUGGAGACGUAUCCCGCCCCUUGGGAGAGUUUGAAUUCCUUGGUUCGUGUCAGUUGGAAGAUCUUCACCCCACUUUGGGCUGAGCUGAUGCGCACACUGAGGGAAGUCAGGCAGCCCAGGAAGAUCUUCAUUGGUCCCACCCCCUGCCCUUCCUGCGGCUCAUCACCCACCGUCUGA